AUGGAGUUAUUGUUUGUUGUAUUUAAUUCUUUUAUAAUAUACCACAACAACGGCAAUAUGUAAAAUUUAUUGACUUUUGCCUUAUCCAAAGUCGAACUUGUGCAUUCGAUCUUCGUAAUCUAACAUUAAGAAAUAUUUUUAGAUCGUUCAUUAAAGUAAUGAGCUAUAUUUCUUAUGGCUAUCGGGAAUAUAAGCGAAACGUAUUCUUGGCGGAACUAAUUGUAAUGGUUAUCGCUACGAUAUUUUUGGAAUUUUUUGUUCAAUAUUUGUUUAUUAUUCAUAGAUGCAACAAUUAUGGAUUAUCGAUGAUUAUCAAGUAUUAUAUGUCAUCAUUUGUACGGUUCACGACUAACGAAUAGGAUAUGUAAAAAAGAAAAUUAAACUAUUGUACCGAUUCUUAUUAACUUCGUUCCAUAAAAGUUAAUAUUCGAUUAAUAUUUAAUGGCAAAUCGAUUAGUUCCGCCAAAAUAUUUUAGUUAAAGUCAAUAAUGAUUAGCAGAGGGCGCUGUACCGUUUCCAUCAAAGAAGUAAAAAUGGCGGAGUGUGGCUUGAAGGUUGUUGGAAGCGACAAGUCGCGAUGGACUAAUUUAUAAGUAUUAAGUAUUUAAACGUGCGGGAAACAAUCUAAUAAUGUGUGGUUAGAGAUGGCGAGUGAUGGGAAUAGUGAAUCCAGCGGAAGUGACUCUGGUUCUACUCCGGAAGAGGAACGAAUCAGGAGAUUGUUUCAAACGUGCGAUGGGAAUGGUGAUGGAUAUAUUGACAGCCAAGAUUUGUUAGCAGUUUGUCGUCAGUUAAAUUUGGAACAUUGUGUUGAAGAAAUUAUGGAACAACUUGGAGCUGAUGAGCAGGGUCGUAUAUCAUACAGUGAAUUUUUAAGAAGACGAAUGCAAUUAAUGAAUGAGAUUAAUGCACUUACAAUGCAAGACCAACUUCAAGAUCCAGAGCAUAGAACUAAUACUACAGAUAUUCAUGUAGCACCACCACAACAAACAUCACCUGCUCCAGGAAGUGGGAGCACUGGUCAUUGGCCAACUGGCAGUGAUACUAGUCAAGGUGCUGCAUCUGGAAAGCAUGAAAGUUGGGAAUUUGACUCUGGUGCACGUGAUCUCAGUCCAGAACCUAAUACAUUACAGAAAUUAAUUGAAGCAGCAGGAGGUUCUAUUAGUGGUAACAGCAGUGACUUAUUGGAUUUGGCUAACAAGCUCCAUUUGGCUGCCCUGGCUUCACUGAAGGGAGAAAUACUUGAAUUAACAAAUCGUUUACAACAUAUUGGUCAAGAGCGUGACAUGUUAGAAAGACAACUUAAUAGAUCCCAACUGGAUAGAUUACGUCUUGCUCGAGAACAUGAAGAAAGAUUAGACCAGCAAGCACAGAGAUAUGAAGAACGCUUGACUGAAUUACAUAGCAUCAUUGCAGAAUUAUCUAAGAAAUUGGAAAUACAAAGGACUAAUGUUAUAAAAGAAGAAGAUGAAUUUAGUCAGCAGUCUGGUGAGGAAUCAAGGCAAAGUGAAGCUCAAAGUCAUUGUACUAGCAACGAUAAUAAUGCAACAGAAUCUUGCAGUGAUAGAGAUUUCUUUUUAGGGAAUGAUUCUUGUGUGGAAUUAUCCAGAUUUGGUGAAACUGAUUCUCAUCCAGAAGUUACACGAACUAUCCUUCAAGAUGGUGAAGAAGCAAGCAGUGGAUUAGGAGAUAAUGAAAGUUCAGAAGAUAGAUUAUUACAGUUAAGAGAAGUUAGUGAUCUUCCUGCACUCACAGAGAAUAGAGCAACUUCUUGCCAUAGCUUGCAGAUUUCACAAUUGCAAGAAGAAGUAUUGAGUCUGAGAGCAGAAAAUACAGCAUUGCAAGAGCAGUUAGGAAGACAAGAAGCUGAAUUGAAUCGAACCCGAGCCAGUUUAGCCAGUAGCAGAGAGGAAAGGGAUAGAUUACAGAGACGGAUUCGUGAAUUACAAACUAAGCUAGCCAGCCUACAAUCACAAAGUUCCCAAGGUUCACAAACAGGAAGUUCUCCCACUAGAAGUAAAAGCCCACAUAUAAAUCCUACAACAGGAGAAAGAACUCCAACUUCCAGAGAGGAGGUUCCAAUUGCAAAAAUGGCUGAAAGAGUCAGACUGAAAAAAGUGGAAAGUGGUGAUAGGCAUAUUCUUGGUUCAGAAAUUUCUAGUCUUGGUUUAUCAACGACAAAAGUUGCAGAGCAUUUGGUGCAUAAUGUCCAGGAAGAAUCACAUGCUCAGGAAAUAUUUCAGACUUUAUUUUCAUCAGGUUCUACAGUACCUGAGAGCAAAAUUAGAGAGUUUGAAGUUGAAAUGGAAAGGCUUAAUAGUAGAAUUGAACAUUUGAAAUCACAAAAUGAUUUAUUAAAUUUGACUUUGGAAGAAAGCAAAGGCCAAUGUGAUAGACUUAGUGUGCUUAUUGGAAAAUAUGAAUCCAAUAAUACAGCUUUACAGUUGGCAUUGUCAUAUAGUGAUCAAACAAUUGAAGCAUUUGAAGUGUUAUUAGCAUUGAUGGAAACAGAACAAGGAUUAAUUCUGUCAAAUUGCAGAGCAGCAGGACUUGGUGCACUUGUAAAAGGUUCUGGAGAAGAUGAUCAAGAAGAAGUUACUGCAUUAUUAAAACGAUCUCAAGAUAAUCGUAAAUCCGCAGAAAAUGUUGCUCGUCAUUUUCUUCAGAAACUUGACCGCAGUUUUGGAAUUGCUUGUAGUAUUCCUGGGUGUAAUCUUAGUCCUUGGGAAGAUUUAUCAUCACACAGUCAUACAACAAGUACUACAAGUUCUGCAUCUAGCAGUAGUGAUGGAGACUUUACAAAAGUUGAUGAACAACGUCUACGGGAUUACAUUGUUCAGUUGAAAGGUGAUAGAGCAGCUGUACGUACAACUGUUGUUGAAUUAGAAAGUGUUCAUGUUGAUCCUACUGUAAAAGAUCCACCAACUUUUAUGGAUGCCCAAAAACUUGACCUUGAAAAUGCUGUAUUGAUGCAGGAAUUAAUGGCUAUGAAAGAAGAAAAAGCAGAAUUAAAGGCUCAAGUUUAUUUAUUAGAAAAAGAAAAGACAGCUUUAGAAUUACAAUUAAGUAGUAGAGAGGCACAGGAACAAGCUUAUCUUGUACAGAUAGAACAUUUAAAAUCUGAAGUAAAAGAGAAUCAGCAAAUUGCUGAAAGGCUUAGAACUACUCAGGGAGGAAAAGUUAAUAACCAACAGCCAUGGCUAGAACGUAGUCCUUCAGGUGAAAUGGCUGAAGAAUUAGCUGAAGCAAUGAAACGCGAAAUGAAAAUGAAAGCACGGAUACAAGAACUAGUCAACACUUUAGAAAAAGUAACAAAAAAUUCAGAAAUGAGAGCACAACAAUCAACUGAAUUUGUGAAUGAUUUGAAACGAGCAAAUAGUGCAUUAGUAACAGCAUUUGAAAAAGCAAAGAAGAAACAACAAGCAAAAUUAAAAAAGGUAGAACAACAAAUGGCAAGCAUGGUAGAAAGGCAUAGUGCUCAGAUUCGUAUGUUAAAGCAACGAAUUGCCAUGUUGGAAGGAGAAACGGGACAUUUGAUGCAGACGUCGAACAGUGAUUUGCAAGUGUAGAAACGUUACCGGAAAACAGUGAAAUCCGAUGGAAAUCAACGCACUCCGAUCCAGACUUUGGAGCAGUUCUUUCAUUCCGUGAAUAUUUUAGCCCAUACAACUCCAGUGCCAAGAUAGCAGUACAAUCCGAACAAAAGCUGCAUCAAUCUCCGUACGUUUUUACAAUCAUGACCGGUAAAUGUCGUGCUCGUCUUCCCCCGAAAGUAUUUGCGCAGAAAGAGGUAGACAGGCCUAAAUCACACGGCUUCAAAUUUCUCUAAAGACUAUUUCGUUUAUGCCAUUUUAUAACGUUUGUAAUUGAGGCAGUUCCAAGUCGGUAAAAAUGGGCAACGUUUCUUCCAAAAUAUGCAUUUUUAAAAGACACGAUUCUUUUUUUAUUAUAUAUAUAUAUUUAUUUUUUAACCGUCUAAAUUAUUAUAGGCUUUUUUAUAUUUGUUGUUUUUUUAAUCAUUGAGUUACGAAUGUUGGUCUUCCGGGCAAAGUCAUUUUAAUAAUCGUUUCUGCUUACGUGAUCGUCGCGUUUAUUAAAAGAACUACUAAACUAGAAUUCUACGAGUUUAGCCCUUUUUUUACGCCUGGUCUCAGUAUUUUUUUAUAUUUAUAUACAAAUGAGAUUUUUAGUUUUCCCCUUUCGAAUCUCUAGCAAAUUUCAAUGGCCAAUGCUUGUUAAAGAAAAAAACAUAAAAUGAAUGUUGUUAAAAGUGUUUUUAUAUGUAUAUUAUGUAUAAUUCAGAAAUUGGCAUUGGAAUUUACUGUGUUUUCUGUAAGAUAAAUUUCACCAGAGUAAAGCAACUAAAGAAAUGGAAAGUGUAAGCGCUAGUUCCGUUUGCUUGGAAAGAGCGCAUGCGAUGGCAUUUCUUCUACCAGGCGUAGAAGGCUUUAUAAAUACACGGUGCAUAUACUGUAGUAUGGUUGUUAAAAUUGCAGUCUGUUGUUCAUCGGUGGUACCGGACAAGGCUUAGUUUAUAGCCAAAGAAUUUUACCUUUUGUAUCGAUAUUUUCAUCGAAGCAUAGGACAGGAAAAGUGAUAAAUUAUUCUACUUCCCAGCCAUCCUCGCCCUGUGCUUAGUGUGCCUUGUUCCUAUUGUGGUUCCAGAAUUUUGAAAAUCCUAGUUAUCGAUGAUAGUUUUUUAUUGUUUUUUCUAUCAUUUCUUUUUGCUGCAGUUUAUAUGUGUAAAUAAAGUUUAUAUUAGAUUGUGA